GCGGAUGUGCGAGUGGGGCGUGAUUACACAUGUAAACUUAAAAACACCAACAAACUUUGAACGAAAGGAAACUCGAGUAGUCUCCGUUCAGAUGAGAAGGCUCGUCUACUAACGCAGUUGAAACAAUUCGCGGUGUGGAUUUUAUCUAGCUUUUUCUCCAACAGAUUUUGUGUCUCCUCGGUAUGGACUACUAUUCAUUUUGAACUGAAGCUUUCACUGCGACAUCACUGCUGUCUUUCUUGGAUAACAUUGAUCUUCUUUGAGCUUCGAUUUGAAAAUGUUGGACAAACGUAUGGAUGACCUGUACUUGCACCAAGUUAACGACGUUAGAGGAAAACCUGCCAAGGAGCCAUUUGAGAAACUAUAUCAUGUUGGUGCGCUGCUGGGAAGCGGUGGUUUCGGGUCAGUUUUCGCUGGACAACGCAUCGCUGACGGCUUGCAGGUGGCCAUCAAGAAAAUUUCUAGUGACAGGAUACAGCAAUGGGCGCGACUGCCUGGCGAGGCCGGCCUGGUUCCCAUGGAGAUCGCGCUGCUGCUGCAGCUGGGGGGCGGGGCGGGAGCUGGCCAUCUGCACCGCGGCGUGAUCCGGAUGCUGGACUGGUUCGAGAUCCCCGGCCAGGGCUUCCUGAUUGUGUUCGAGAGGCCGCAGCCCUGUCAGGACCUCUUCGACUUCAUCACGGAGCGCGGCGCGCUGGAGGAGCCUCUUGCCCAGAGGUUCAUGAGGCAGAUAGUGGAAGCUCUGCAGUUCUGCCAAGCCAGGGGCGUGGUCCACAGGGACAUAAAGGAUGAAAACGUCCUGGUGGACACCCGCACCGGGGACGUCAAGAUCAUCGAUUUUGGCUCCGGCGCUCUGCUCAAAGACUCCGCCUACACAGACUUUGAGGGCACUCGAGUGUACAGUCCCCCGGAGUGGAUCGUGCACCACCGCUACCACGCGCGGCCGCUGACGGUGUGGUCGCUGGGCGUGCUGCUCUUCGACAUGGUGUGCGGCGACAUCCCCUUCGAGCGGGACGGCGAGAUCGUGGAAGCCCAGCCCAGCUUCACCAAGCGCGUCUCCAGCGAAUGCCAGUCUCUGAUUCGCUGGUGUCUGGCCUAUCGGCCGGAGGAUCGGCCGUCCCUGGAGCAGAUCCUGCUCCACCCCUGGAUGGAGGCCGCAGCGGACGACUGUGGGGACCUGCAGGGAGGGGACGGCAUGCCCAGCCAGUCAAGCCUGUGAACUUUGGGCUUUUAGGAAAAGGGUCUGGGGGAAACUUCACAUGCCUUAUUUUUACGACUGCCAACUCCGAUUUAUUAAUGCACUGGUUCUCUCCACCUCAUCUCUCCCCCUUGAGUGAACAUAUUUAUACUUUUAAUUUAAAUCGUUUUAGUGUCUGAAGCUUCAGCAGUAGUUACUGUUGAUGGUCUUUGUGGUGUUUGAAUAGGGGGGUGAAGUUGCAACUGUAACAGCAGUUUUGCAAAAUCUGAAAACAACUAGAAAUAACUAGACUCUAAAGAUAAAGGUUUGAAGGGUUGAAGCCAUUGUCGAAUUACACAGUACUCCUUUGGCCACAUGCAUCAUUGUGGAUUUAAAUCUUAAUGUUUUCUAUUUAUUUUCUGAGCAGCUAUUUAUUUUCAAGGGUGGUCUAUCUAUUUAUUUAAGUCUUGGUAGCGCAAUGGGCAUGUUGAAGUUUCCCGUAUUCUCUUCUGUUUUCCGAAGUCUGAAAACGGCCGGUAUAUGGAUUAGCUGAAUCUGUGUACGUUGCCAUGUGGAGACCUGGUUUUACAGGUUAUUAUCAGAAGCGGUGGCGUUUGGUACCUCAGUUUUAUGAGGGAACAGUGACUCGUAUUUCCGUUGCCCCUGGAGGAAGUCCACUCACAAGAGGAACACGGCAGAAAAGCCUUCAUCUCCAAAGAGCUCCUGAGAUCGAGUCGUUGCCAAACUGCAUCUUGGGACGUUGAAGCCACCCACUGUGGAGUUAUGGAGGGGAAAACCAUGUGGACUCUCACAAGGGCCGUGGUCGUGCAGUUGGCUUCUGAGUCCCUCACAUGUAUAGAUGUGUGUGUUUGUGCGUGUGCUUUACUUUAAAUGUUUCGGCAGAUCUACUCAUCCUCGGGUGGUACAAUCGUCAAGGUUGCCUGGAGCAGUGAACCGGAAUUCUGAACGUCACACUGAACCAGGAAAAUGAAGCCUAGUACAGAUUUUUAUUUUAGUCGAACAUAACUGUACAUUGUCUCCAGAAAUGUUGAGUCAACUAGUUGUGUUUUUUUUUGUUUACACUGAGCAAGUUAUUCAGUCUGUGUCUCAGGUUAAGUCUGAAUGUUUACCCAGAGAGCCAAAAACAACCUCGUCUGCCUCAGGAAGCUUGGCGUCAGCAGGCCCCAGAACACAGUCUGCCUUGAGAGCCGGCUCGCCUACUUUUGCUUAUUUAUUUGUUUCCUUUUUUGGCGAAAGCAGGAACCUUUUGGACCAAACGUACCCUGUUUUUCACCGAAUUCUGUUUUCACUUUCUCCUGGCCACUUACCUGUUUAAAUAUAUCAUGUGGGGAAGUAGCAUUGAACGUUGGGUUUAGCUGUAAUGCUUUGUAGUGCCCACAUUAGGUACUUAAAACAGGUACAGUUUGGAUGUUCAGUUUAUAAUAUCCAUUCAUGACUUCAACACAUGCUUAAAAUAACUUUUCUAAUACCCUGCCAUUUGAUACCUUCUUUUUGGGAGGAAAAAAGAAGUGUUCUUUUGUUGAAAAGUGGUUGAAUUAUUCAGAGUGUAUUUCCUGAAUUGUUGUUCAAUAAGAAAACAAUUGCACACGUUUCAAUAUUGACCAGUUGUCAAGGAGAUGGGGUUAAAACAACAUGAUGUUGCAGUACUUCUUCUAUUUUAGGUAAUCCUAGUUACCCACUGGGGUUGGAACAGUUCUAUUUGUUGUAAAUACUUAUGUAUUGUUUUGUUGUAAUGUGACAAUUGUCACAUUACAUGUUAUAUUUAAAUGCAAAGACAAAUUGAAUAUGUUAUUUAUUAAAAUAUUGUUUCAAAGAAAAUAACUACUUGUCAAUAAAAUAUUUGAAAGAUUGA